AGUAAUUACUCACAAAGGCGAUUUUUGAGAGCAUUUGUUCCGCGAACGAAGCGAAGGUCAAGUGGUGAUCUAUUUAUACGGGGUGUUGGUCAGUCAGAGGGCACAGUCUGAUUCCGUUACCAGCGCAAGACGAUCUCAGAAAAAUGAACGCUUUGAUCUUGACGCUCGCCACCCUCUCUGUAGCCUGCGCUGCUCCUUCAGGCCUUGUCCUGGGACACGGAGGAUACGGACUGGGAUAUGGAGGAUACGGAGGUUACGGUGUCGGUCUGGGUCAUGGAGCCGUUUUGGCAGGACCCGCAGCUCAUGGCGCUGCCGUUGUAGGACCAGUGGCUGCCGGAGUUUCGGUCGUUGGACCGGCCACUCAUGGAGCUGCCAUUGUUGGACCUUCUACUCAUGGAGCAACCGUGGUUGGACCCUCAACUCAUGGAGCAACCGUCGUUGGACCCACUGACGGUGGUGCAGCUGUUAUUGGACCAACUGCCCACGGAGCUGCAGUCGUCGGACCUGUUGCUCACGGUGCUGUAGUAGCUGGCCCAGCUGUCGGUUUAGGAGGAGUGGGUCUUGGACUUGGAUUGGGCGGACACGGAUACGGAGCUUUCGCCCAUGGAGUAACUGUUGCCGGACCACCAACUGUUCCAGCUACCAUCGCAGGACCAGCCGGUGCCAUUCAUGCUGACGGUCUGUGGGGGCCGACUUUAGCUCAUGGUCAUGGUCAUGGUCAUUGGUAAAAAACGAGAGCCGUUAGAAAAAUUAAAAAAAAAAACUCGGGAGAAACGUUCCCAAUAUAUUUCGUUAGAAAGAUGUUACGUUAAUUAGCUACCUUUUUAUGUAAAUAUUUUGGGAAGCUUUUGUUUCGAGGCUUCACCUUCUUGGAGACGAUUUCCGUGUAUACAUAUUGUAUAUUUUGUAUUAUAUAACUUAUUGCAGGCAAACGCGUUCAAUAAAGGACUUAUUCGCAA